CCCUUCGUGGCAGUAACUCCUCUAUAUAGUGUAGUUAGCUGGGUGGUCAGCACCCUCGGUUGUAUCUGGUAAAGGGGCAGUUACCCCUUUAUGUUUCGGUGUUACAAAUAAAUGUGUUGCCUCUAUAAGGAAUAACGUCUUCGACUCAAUUGGACCCACUACACCUGCAGAGCUAACGUGUUGCCUGCAGUGCUGAUGUGUUGCCUGCAAGGCUAACGUGUUGCAUGCAGGGCUAACGUGUUCCCUGCAUCCUGACAUGUUGCCAGCAAGGAUGACGUGUUGCCUGCAGAGAUGACGUGUUGGCAACAGGACAUACAGUAUUAUGGAUAGGGGUACCUUGCGGGAGUGCCUUACUACGAUAAUCCCUACUCCAAGCCAGCCUAGCAUUUUGCAAAAUAUUACAUCCUGCCUGCAGGGCUGGCUAACAUCUCACUGGUGCUGCCGGCAGACUAUGUGGUGUGGCAGUGGAGAGGCGCGCGUGGCACUGCUGCGGCUGGUCGGAGUGGCGGGUGUGGGCGCCUGCACCAAUGACGUCCUAGUGGCUUGUCCCAUCACCGCCGAGUCUCCUCUGCGCCACGUCGUCUACUUCCCCGGGGACAUACAGGGCUACCGGGACGAGAUGGCGGCAAGCCCGGACAGCGCACGCUGGCAGCGCUGGAGCCUGGAGGAGACUGCGUGCCUGUUAGCACGCCGCUUCCCGGGCCGUUGCGUGUGGCUGGUGCGCGCCUCGCGCAUGCACCUGCACAAGUUCAGCUGCUAUGACAACUUCGUACCGAGCAACAUGUUCGGUGCGCCCGAGCAUGCAAGUGGCCGCGCGGCGUUCUCCCACCUCCACCGGUUGCUUUCCAAUGCUAGGGCAGAGCUGCUCGGUGCCACACGCAAUGGGAGCGAAGCCGGUGACUGGCACAACCCGGCGUCCGGUCCACCGGGCGCGCCGCCGACGACCGAUGGGAGCCGCGAUGAAACGAGCGGCCCCGUGGCCGGCGAAGAUGCACGGAGCGCGCCGAAACUCAGUAGCGUAGAUUCGGUGGCCCUCCUCCGGAGCGAGGAGUUCUUCUCGAGGCCGCGCACCAUGACCCUGGUGGGCUUCAGCAAGGGCUGCGUGGUCCUCAACCAGCUGCUGUACGAGCUGGCUGCCGCGCAGAGAGACACAACGCUGGCGCCCGUCGUCGGCGCCGUGCGGGACAUGUACUGGCUGGACGGGGGCCACUCUGGGGGUCGCGACACGUGGGUGACGUGUUCCGACGCGCUGCGGCAGCUUCACACCGCCGGCGUCGACGUGCGGGUCCAUGUGACGCCUUAUCAGGUGUGCGACCCCAUGCGCGCCUGGAUCGGCAAGGAGCAGCGCAAGUUCAUCAGCGUCCUGCGGGAGUUUGGGGCGACGGUCACCGAGCAGGUGCACUUUGAGAAGGAGGCCUCCUCUUUGGAGAACCACUUCCGAAUUCUGGAGAACUUCUGAGUGGGUGAUUUGCUACCCUGGCUUGGGCCGGUCGCCAGGUUUGCUUUGUGUGUCGCAGACAGCGUGGUGAUUAUUUUUCUUGCCUAAUUAUAUUAGUUUUCCGCAGGGAACGUUUAGUUUCCAUUGAGAAAGCUCCACACUAACGCAGCUGGCACGUUCUGAAUGUAUUUCCUUCCGCGUCUUAAAUUACAUAUUUUAUUCUAAAAGUAUUUUAGCCCUUAGUGGCUUCUUGAGAGUGACAGUCCAGUGGACAGUAGUCCCUGGCAGUGUGCAAUCCCAGCACUGCGUGGCUGGUAGAUCCCAGCAGCCCUCCCCUGAAUUGGUACAAGGACGACAGGCAUCGUGUGAAGGCCGGCUACGGUGAUUUCAGAGCUGAUGAUGAAUGCCUGUUGUUUAUUAUUCCGUUUGUUUACCCGGGAAAGUCUCGCGACUCUAUUUCAGGAGGGUCCUAAUUUAUUUUCACAGUAGGGGGUGGCAAUGAUUGCCCUGUAUAUUCCAAUUGAGCCUAAAAUAAUACACUUUUUAUACUGGGCUUGGCAGUGGUGCACAAGGAAAAUAAAUAAAUAACUCGAACGUGUGGCAAUAGCACUGUGGCAUUUACCAGAAAAAUGUGUAAUGGGCAACGUUCGAGCAAUGGCCCUUCUUCAUAGAACGUGAAUGAUGCAUUCAUGUUCUGUAAAGAAGGUCCAUUACCUCAAACGUUGUUUAUAAUUUAGGAUUCCUUUUAAGGCCAGACUAAAAUAUUACAGUGAAGCUGGUGGUGUCAUGCUGGUGUUGGUAAAAAUCGACCAAAGCAAUUGGUGGAAACUGCCAUAAAUAUCUAAAUCCCGUACAGAUGCAACAAUGUUUAUUAGAGACACGGGUUUCACAAUGGAGAUGGCCGCCCAAGCUAGCCCUACUUGGAGCUGAAAACUUUUCCCCAAUCUCCGUCCUCACGCAUUUCACUUCGGAUGGCGUGAGCGACACUUAACGCACUGUGAAGCGUGUGAAGGUUUUUAAAUGUAGGUUGUUUAACCGGGUAAGAUCUCAAGAGACAAGAUAGUCUCGUUUGCAAUUUUGACCUGGGUCACCAAAAUGAGGAUACUCGGUGGCUCAGAGGUCAAAGACUGAAGCAUGCUUUGCAGGCGCUGUGCAGGCCCUCAUCCUAUCCAGCAGCUGCACAUGUAUGAGGCUUUUGUGGCAGGCCUCACAAAACAAUGACCUCAAAAAAGGACGGACACACUGAUAUGCAGAACGAGUUGUAAAUGUGUAGAGUAUUCUUUGGGAUUGCGAGCCAAUCGGCCUCCACUGACCACCUUGCAGGCUAUUCUGAAUAAGGAUUAAGAGUAGCCCGAAAUGCGACUGUGGUUUCCAUUCUGAAGCGAUGGACUUCACAGUAAUGCCACUGCCCGUUGUGAUUAUUCGCCAACGACAGCAUUUCGGAUGUCCCCAAUGCUGCUCUUGAAGCCACCCUCGGCUCAUGGAUCACAUCGCACGGCUCACUGCCAACCGUGAUGAGCAUAGAAAUCCUGCUGAUCCACUCCCACCACCAUGCGAGAGAAGACGAGCUACACUCCGGCCAGGCUGUGGAAAGGAUCUUCUUUCUGUCUUUGUGGCUCAGAGAGCAGCAACCAUGGAGCCAGGGGUGGCAGCUGAGAUGGCGCGACGUGGUUUUUCUACAGAUGCUCCGUGCUAUUUCCUUUGUUGCCACGUUGUGGCCACAUGUUCGAGGGCUGUGCAGAGAAACACAACCGUUGGAAGUAUUCCACCGCCUCUCUCAGAACCCUCAAUCUCGCAUGCACGGCAAGUCCUGGAGUGAACAGGGGAGCAGAAGGUGUAUCGCAAUUCGUGAGUUUGAUGCCCAACCACGGCUAACAUAAGUGGUCCUUCCGUGAUCCUGUGCUGACCCUCUACUGGCCAACAUGGUGAAGUAUGGUAAAAACAACACCCCAUUGGUAGAUUGACAAGGGACAAUGGCGACGUACUGACAAUAUCAGUUAACCUGCAGGAAUGCAGGUUAACUGAUAUUGUCAGCAGUGGAUUAAUGAUGGCUGACGAUGUGGAUGGUCGAUAACAUUCUUGUGUUUGCCCCAGUGGAUUUUAUUUCCAAAUUAUUGGUGGUUGUGAAUCGAUGGUUUUACAUGAAAAGGGAAGCAAGAACGCGGAAAUGGUAUCUAAAUAGCGAGACAAAGGCGUUGCCCUUAAACGAUUCAAGACGACGCGUAUUUGGCUACGUGGAAGUGAAGUGUUUGUGUUUAGCACAUGGGUGGAGGUUGCAUUUGUGGACAGCGCUACUUUGUUGAAGUGUUCUGACUUUAUUUGGUGCCUUAUGUGUAAUUUUGUCUUGAUUGUGAGGUCCGGUAAUUAAAACGGCAAAGGUGGACAGGAUGAUUUCCAUCUUUAACGGAGCAUAAUGCCUCGUGUUACAUUAUUGAAAGUGCGCAGGGCUAAUUUUGAUGGCUAGUAUUCAAAUCUCCAUGAUAGGCAAGAAGGCAGUGUUGAGUCGUUCACAGGUGGCCAAAUCUGUGUUUUUAUGCAAAAAGAAUAUGCAGCGUAAAGCUUUAUCUUGGUGAGGAGGUCCUAUACAUGGCGUUAAUACCUGUUUGGGUGAAACCAGAUCAAGAUAAUGAAGAACGCGUUCUUUGGCACUUGGAGAGUGAUAGGCGCAACUAACGUUUUGAACAAUAAACGUAUUGUUUUGCAAGGAGGUUCUAAAUAAUAAACAGCCAGCCAGGUGGCUCAGCGGUUGAAAGCCAGUGGCUCGCAAUCAGGAGGUUGCGAGUUCAAAUCCUGGUUGGGGGUUCACUCAGCCCAUCAACCUUUGUGGGGGUCUGUAAAACGAGUAUCCAAUUUGUUGGGAAGUCAACGGUCAUUGUCCAAUGGGUAGACCCGCCCCUUGCCGUGAGGAAUGUGGAACUUCCACCACUCGCUCAGGGCUGUGAACAGGCAUUGAGCAGCGACCCGGUGCUCUUUUGAGUAAAAAAUUACGUUGGUUUUGAGAGAUGCACACGUACAUUGCACUACAUUGAUAUAAACAUAUAUUCUGUUCUUUACAUUGACGUUUUGCAUAAUUUGUGAUCCACAGGAAUGUGACGUGGAUUAAAUCACAGAUUUAUGUUUGUUAUUGAGAAAUGAACCCCAGGGGCGUGGGGUCACAGUUUUAAAUAAAGGUCAAAACCAAGAUCCAGUGGCAGCUGGAGGUGGUCGUUAUGUUUACAAACCGGCUCUGGGCUGCCUUUUUGAAGCAGGAGACGCGUCCGGAUUGAAUUUGCUCGUGGCCAGUGUUAAAAACAAAAAGCUUUUGGGCCCACCUUUGAGAGCCUAUCACGCGCUCGUCACGUCCCUCAGCAGAGACGCUCGAGAGUGUAGCGUGAUGGCUAGACGUCCCGAGUCACUCUGCAACGGAACCGCAUCGCGACGUUCCAUGUGAUUAUUAAUUUGCAUGAACGUAAGCGCGUGACGGUGAAGAAUGCGGGAGAAUGUGGAAUUGCCCUUCACUCCUCCGGGCCGUUGUUUCUGGGAAAACUAAUGGCAGCGCUUUACGCACGGUCGGCGUCUCUUCCAAAAUAGGGAAUCUGACCAACGCAGUUUAAAUAAGACACUGUCGAUCCAUUCACUGGCAGUAAUGUACAUGCCUAAGUCUGUGACCUGGUAUAUAUUGGGAGGUGUAACGAAGUGUGAAUUUCCAAUGGAAUAUCUAUUGUUUGUUGAAGAAUUACCAUGUCACCCUUGCAAAAUUAAAC